AUGAAGAUGUUGCUUUUCCUGUGUCUUUUACUUGUUGGAAUCCAUUCCAACAGUUACUGUUAUGAGCCUUAUCAACAAGGGGUAAGAAACCAGAAUCAAAGAGCACAAGGAUACCAAAACAUGCCAUGGCAGGGUGUAAGGAACAGCGUUUGUCGGUUUGCAUGUUGUUUCUUCAAAGAGAUUUCUUCUCGUGAAAACAAUGGGAAUGUUUUCUUCUCUCCUUUGAGCAUCUCUACUGCCUUUGCAAUGCUGACUCUGGGUGCCAGAUCAGACACCCUGACACAGAUUCUUAGGGUCCUUUGCUUUAACCCUCGCCAGAUUUCUGAAAAUGACAUACAUGAAGGUUAUCGUCAGCUCAUGCAAAUGGUAAACAGAAGGAAUGGGGGGUUACAGCUGAAUAUGGGAAAUGUUCUGUUUGUGCUUGAUCGACUGAAGCCACAAGAAAAGUUUUUAAACAAUCUCAGAAACUUCUAUGAAGGAGAAGCUUAUCCUAUGAACUUCAAGAAGUCUGAUCAAGCCCAGCUAAAGAUCAAUGAAUAUGUAGCAAGAAGAACGAAUGGAAAAAUCAAGGACCUCGUAAAUAACCUAGAUCCACUUACUGAAAUUCUCCUUAUUAGCUAUAUUUAUUUUAACGCUGAAUGGGAAAAACCUUUUGAUCCAAAAUACACUAAAAUGAGCAAAUUUUAUGUGGAUUGGAACAAGGCUGUUGAAGUCCCAAUGAUGUUUGGAAUGGGCCUGUUCAAGCAUGGCUAUGAUGAGCAGCUGUCUUCCACUGUGGUGCAAAUGGAUUACAAAGGAGGUGCUUCAGCAUUUUUUAUUCUACCUGAUAGAGGAAAAAUGAGGAAGCUGGAGAAAAGAUUGUCUUGUGAACGUUUGUCAAGGUGGAGGACAUUAGUCACAAAAAGCGGCUCAGUAAAUUUGUAUCUUCCAAAAUUCACGCUUUAUGGCACAUAUAACCUAAAAGAGAUCUUAUAUAAAAUGGGCAUCAUGGAUCUAUUCACUGAUAAGGCUGACCUCUCUGGGAUCACUGGGCAGCCCCAGCACAGAAUUUCCCAGGCUAUUCAUAAGGCGGUGAUAAAGGUGGAUGAGACUGGCACAGAAGCAGCAGCUGCCACAGGCAUGGAAAUGGUGCCCAUGUCCGUUCCUGCCAUGGUUAGGUUCGACAGACCCUUCCUAAUGGUCAUAACUGUGGAGAACACUAUACUCUUCAUGGGAAAAAUCGUGAAUCCUCUGAAAAAAGAAUAA